AAAAUUAAAUUUUUUCAGUUCACAAAAAUAGUAUAUCAAUAAUAUAUUGAAAGUAUUUAGUAAAUGUUAUUAACAGUGCUGUCCUCAUCAUGUCAUAUGUUUGAUGACAAACUAGUUUUUAUCCAAACAAUUAUUUGAAAAAAAGUAAUAUAUUUAUUAGCAAAUAAAUAGCUUAAAUUUCUCUGUAUUUUAUAUCAAAAAACAACAAACAAACAAAAAACUUAUAAAUGUCUGACGACAUAAGCCAACCGAUUGAUAUGUUGUCGACGACCACCGGUGCCCACUAUUACUGGCAAUCACAUUGGGACCGAUUGGUCGACCUGUUUGGCCGUAACGAGUUUUGCAUGGGCUUUGGCGGUACUUUUAUACUAACAUUUACCGUCUAUUGGACAGUCGGUAUCGUCUAUACUAUUGUCGAUGUCACAGGAAAACCAUCAUUUAUGCUUAAGUAUAAGAUACAGGAGCUCACACCUGCUUAUCCAAUCUCAGCAAAGCUAUUAAUGCAAGCAUUGAGACAAAUCUUAAUCAAUCAAAUCAUAAUUGGUUUGCCAUUUGCACUGUUAGCCCAUCAUUUGGUCUCUUGGCGUGGCUAUAAUUUGGCACAAUUACCAUCAUUUCAUAGGGCUAUCAUAGAGCUGGCAUUUUUUGUAAUAGUCGAAGAGAUAGCCUUUUAUUAUUCACAUCGAUUACUACAUAAUCCCAAGAUUUAUAAAUACAUCCAUAAGCGACAUCACGAAUGGCAGACACCCAUCGCUAUCACAGCAAUCUAUUGUCACCCAAUUGAACACAUCUUUAGCAAUCUAUUGCCUUUAUUUUUAGGUCCUUUUAUACUGGGCUCACACCUAAGUACAUCGUGGGCCUGGUAUACGUUAGCUAUAAUGAACACCUUAACCGAUCAUUCCGGCUAUCAUUUGCCUUUACUAACAUCACCAGAAGCUCACGAUUAUCAUCAUUUAAAAUUUAAUGAAAAUUAUGGUGUGUUGGGUAUAUUAGACCGAUUGCACGGAACGGAUACCAAUUUCAGAAAAUCAAAAGCCUUUCAAAGACACAGAGUUUUCUAUAGUUUGCGGCCAAUCAAAGAUCUAUAUCCGGAUGAGACCAAUAAAUCUGAUUAAACAAAAAAUUAUAUAAAAAUUAAAAUUUUUUAAAAAAUCUCAAUUUUUUCAAUACUUUUUAUUAUAUAUUAUUGUAACCAAAAAAUUAAUGAAACAUAUACAUUAUUAUAAUGUUGAUAAAAUAUAAUAAAUAUAUGUGUAAUUAUUUUCAACAACAAAAAUAAUAUUAUUGUU